AGGGGCUGGGUUGAAUCCAAUUGAUUCGAAAAAAGAAAAUUUUUCAACUCCCACCUGGUGUAAUAUUCUUGGAAAAUAAAUUCACCUUGGGUUAGCAUUCCAACAUCUCCCAACGCUGAUUGCUGGUCCGUCGUGCAAACUGGCGCGCUUUCCUCCAGCUGCCUCUUUCAGCUGAAUGUUGAAGUCUACUUAAACUGCGUAGCUACGGGAAAGAUGAGCACAUAGAAGAUACAAAAAAGAGCACGCUAGUUUAUUUGCUUUUUGUUGAAUUUGAGGAACGAAACGACGACAUCUUCUUGUCCAGCCAGUCGUCACUGCGUUGUCCUCGACGGCACCACGAGCCCGGUGGGCCGACGCAUCUUUCGGGCGUGGUAGGAGCCAACACAUUCAUCACACCGCUCAGCUUGCACCACUUUGGCUGUAGUCAAGAUGAUGGCAGUAGACGCUGGCAGCCUGGAGGAGGGCCUCCAAAGGAUGCACCAGCGGAUAUCGCAGGAGAGCAGUGAAAAGGAGAGCUACAAAAUGGAUGCCGCGCAGCUGCGAAGAAUAGUCGAACUGCACAUGCGGCAACUAAGUACUUCUUGUGGUUUGAUGCAAGCGCACAUAGACAUCUUGUUUAUCCGCUCACUAAACAAGUAUUCUUUUUCUGGGCAUAGGCCAUGUUUUCUGCUACGAGUUCGCAACUAGACGCAGGAUUAGGAUAAAAACGAAAAAAAUCAGGUUCGCUGAUGCACGGGAACUGGUCCUCGGACACAUUUGACCGCUUGAAGAACAGCGUGAAGACCUUUGACCAGGAGAUAAAGGGCCGGUGCGCGCUCUCCGAGGCCGAGCUGCGGCAGAUCAAAUCGGCGUCCAGCAGUUCGGGCGACCCGCACCGGGAUGCGCAACAGCGAAGCUACGAGGUGCUCCGGACCUCUUUAGUUGAAACGCAGAAAAGGUGUCAGUCCUACAACGAAAACAUGUUGCGCGUCGCCCACGCCAACGAUGAGCUGGCGCAGACGCUGAAUACCGUGAAGAACACGAACAAGAGACUCGUCGACCAGUUGCAGUAUCAGCAGGAAGAAGUGUCGCAACUCGUCAGUCAGCGCAUCCUGGACGAGGAAAAGCUGGAGUACAUGAAGAACCAGUUCGAUAAGGAACAAGAGGGCUGGAGACAAGAAAUAGGCACGAAGUUAGACGACUUGUCGAAGCUCCAGGAAGAGAAGUUCGACCACAUGAAAACGCAGCUGACCGACCAACUCAGCUACUGCGUGAACAGGUACUGUGAGGUAGACCGUAUAAUUUCUUUUCUGUGCAUUCGUAUUCGACUAGUGAACAGCAGCGAACCAGCUGCACUAGGUGUGAGCCCCAGGGCAUCGCUAUUCAUCGAUCUGUCAGGUUAAAGCAGCACGCGGCCGACGCUGGCACGCUGCGCACGGUCCAGGGGGAGAUUAAGGAGGACAUGCGCAAUAUGGCGGACCACGUGGGUCAGGAUUUGCGGAAGGCCAUGCGCGUCUUCUCCGACCAGCUGCACAACCUCGCAACAAAAAGGACGGAAGAGGUAACCCGCCUGAAUGACAUGGUGCACAAGGUCGGGAUCGAGUUGCAGGCGAAAAAGGAACUCCGAGAGAAGGACGGCGAGCACUGGUCCGCGAAGUACAACAGCCUGGUGAAGGAAAAGGACGACUUGGUCAAGAAAAUGGACGAGGACAUGCUCCUAUCAAGUGCAAAAAUGUCUGGGUCUGGAAGAGUGUACACUUGUCAUGCAGAUUUUCCAUGACCCAUGAGGUUUGGAAUGCGGCACUUAGCAUGACAGACUCUGCGAGGUCUCCGCCAUGUCUAUCCUGCAUGAGAAACUCCCUUCCAACUUGGUCGAAGGUGGACAGCUUUUGGCACUCAUGCAACACAGAUUUUUGUAUGCUUCAGGUUCAGAUUUACCAUGACAAGUUACCACCUUCCAGACCCAGACAUAUUUGCAAUUCAUAGCUCCGGGUGCAGUACGAAAUCCAAGAACUGGAUAAGCAAAGAGCAGUGAACAGAGAAGACUUCGAGGAGCAGAGGCGGAUACUCCAUGGGGAGUGCGAGGAACUGGAGAGAAAAAAAGUAUUGACUUUUGCUUUGUUUCAGCUGAUGCUCGUCGAGGGGCUUUGCAAUGCCAAAUAAUUUUGUUCCGUGACGACCAAGACCAUAAAAAUUCAAGCUGCUCGGGUGGAUGAACUAUGCAAAUUCAAAUUGAAACUACAUCAGGCUUCUCUCACCGGUAUGAUAGAGACCGCGCGCAGGCAUUGUGUCCAGCUCGACGCGGCCAACGCCCGAUUGGAGGAAGACAGGCAAACGCUCUUUGAAUCGGAGAAACAGCACCGCAACGACAUCCGGGAGUCCGACCAGGCGCUGUCUGACGCCGUCGCGGGGAAUGAGCGACUUCGCGAGCAGAUGGAGGAAGCGCGGGUGAGUAUGCAAUGCAAAAGCAUCCUACUAGUAGUAGUAAUUGCAAUACAAAUUGGCUCAGCAUUACAAAUUGAACUUGUAAUGCGGAUUUGCCUUAAGAUUUGUCAUGCAUAAAUGCAAUUAGUACGAGUCGAGUGCGAUACUUUUGCAAUGCACAGUGAGUGCGCAACAGCAAAACGAACGGGACCAGCAAGUUUUAAAAGACACUUUUGAAACGAAAAUCCGCGAUCUGAAGCAGUCCCACGAGCAAAAUGUGGCAUACAUGGAGCAACAGGUGCGGAAUCUCGAAAGUUCUGUGGCAACCAGGUACGGGGACGUGGACGAGGCGAGGCAUGCCUGUGACAAGUUGCAGGUGGAGUCCACAAACAUGCAGAGAGACGUCGCGUAUUGGCAGAGUCAGCACGAACUGGCCAGCACAGACCUGAAGGCACUGGAAAGUAUUUACGUUCUGUUUGUUUCUACUUCACGUUUUAUUUUUGAGAAAGACCACUGCUGAAACUCAUAAGUUAAGUAUCAAAGUCACGAAUUGCACCGAGAUACCCUCAUUCUACAUCUUUCUUGAGGCGAGGGUCUACUAUUGACUUAAACACAUUUAUGACAGAUGAGUGCAAGGAGGCCAAGAGCACCUGGGAGAAGGAGAAACUUGCCGCAGAGGAGCACAUGAACGAUUUGAUCCAGAAGCGGCAGUCCCUGGAACAUAUCCACAGCAAAUUUGCCGUACACGUACAAAUGCGGUCUGUGCAUGACAAAACUUGGCUCCGAUCGUAGUUUAGCAUGACAAGUUUGACACUCGAAAUUGCUGAGAUUUCUGAUGCGUCUUGUACAUAUGCAGGAAAUUUGUAUUGCAUAGAGCAGAGCAUGAAGCACCAGCAAGAGGCCUACGACGAGUUCCUGACGGUGAGCAAGGAAAACCUACGGGAAAAAAAAUUUUACAUGGACCAGCUCGGCUCAAAGACGCGGGACGCGGAGACAGAUCUGCUGAAGACGAAGGAAGAUCUGAAGUAUUUGUGUUUAUAGAAGAACCUCCGUUACAACCGUUUGCGAAACUGUUCGUCGAAUGUGUUCUGUAUCCUAUGUAUUAUGUUGUCACUCUCGGCUUUUGUUUAGCUGCUUCACUGCAAUAUGACCAUCACGAUUAAAUAUUCCUUACCGUGGUCCUCGCGAUGUUAUUCUCCCAAUAAAAUAUCAUUAGGACCGGCACCAACGAUCUUGCACGGAUCAAGCGCGAGGAAGCGAACCUGAUCGCGCGGCAGCUGGAAGCGCAGCACGAGCUCGAGAAGGCGUACCAGAACACGGUAAGGCUAGCCGAGGACGAGCGAGCCAGCUACGAAAACACACUGCUGCAAGAGCGCCGUGACGCCCAGCAACUCUACGAGAACUUUCAGAGAGUGCGGGAGGAACAGGCACUUACGUUCCAAGUAUAAUACGGGUUGGCAGUUUGUUGGUCGUUGUUUGAGAAGGAGAACAACGAAUGUUGACUUCGCACGAAUUAUAUUUUUGAAUUUGUUUGACGGUUUCUGGGGCUACCAGGAGCUGUUGGUUCCCAAGAACUGCAUCCGUUGUAAUUAGGAGCUACCAGCAGCAGAAUAGAAAGGAGCAUGUGCACCAGCUUUCGUAUCAAAUUAACAGAAAUGGGCCGAGGCGCCGAACCAGAAGAUUUCGAGCCUCGAGCGCGAGCUUUUGGAGCUCCAGGACCGCGCCAAAAUGGAGAUCAGCACUUUGCAAGCCAGCGUGAAGAGCUCCGCCAAGCAGCUGGAAUCAAUGGAAACGGAAGUCGCCCGGUUGCACGAACUGCAAGACGAGUCCGGCGCGGCUUGCGAGAAGGAGCGCGGGAUGCUGAAGGACAGAAAAGAGGCACAUCUGGAUGCUAGGCAACGCUUCGAGGACGACAGGAAAGCGGCGAAAGCGGUGAUUACCGAAGCGGAAUCGCAAUACCAACAUGCAAUGAAACAAUUGCAGGACAACAACCGAAAGUACAAAAUAUCAAUAUGAAUAUGUGGUAGCACAAGUGUUUUUUUUUGCACUCUACACCUACUUGAUCAACACUAUGCACCUGCGAUAUCUUGACACCUGCAGAAUCAACAGCUCAUUGCUUUUUUUCUAGGAGCUGGAGUUUAUUUUUCCUCUUUGUUUUUGCCCGGUUUUCGUUUUCAAAAUCUUAGUGUGUUGAGCGUAUGCAACACGCCGAACUUAUCAGGUCCGACUCCGAGAAGAAAAAGCUUCAGAUGGAGAUGGAAGAUGCGCGAACCGGAUUGGCUCGGCGCUUGGGUGAAACCGAGCGCGUCACCAACAGGCUGAUGACAGAGUAUGAAUCGCACCUCAGUGCGCUGGAUGUCAAGUUCAAAUGCGAAGCUGAGAGGAGCAAACAAAGGUAUAAUUCAAGGACGAAUUUGAGAAGUAGAAGUGCACUGCGUGAUUGAAGAUGAUGUCCCCUCGUGUUUACAAUUGCCAUGAAUUUUUCACUUAGCAGCUUCACGUGAUGUAAGAUAUCCGAGACAUCAUUGAUGAAAUCAAAGUGAUAAAGAUAAAACACUCCUCUCCAGGCUGGAUUCCAUGGUGCGUGAAAACGAGCAUCUCCGGCACGUCGUGGGUGAACAGCGGUACCCCAUCGUCGCCGAUAGCGACAUGGCCGCGCACCUCAACCGAAUGCAGUCUCGCGCGAACGACUUACGGUCGGAGCUUCGUCGGUAUAACUGAUGACGCAAGCACUAUGAAGCGAAAGUCGGCAUUUAUUCCGUUUGCCUUUUUCAUAUGCGCAAUUUUUUUUCAGCCCUAAAAAGGCGACAGAUUCUGCAUAUGACUACUUCCUUCGAACAAAAAUGCACACUAAUCUUCCGUUCCUCGCACUUGUUGCUACUUCUUCUGUAAUCUAGUAGCGCUGGAGGUUUACACUUUUCACUUCUUCAUGUGUAGUCUCGUGGAAGAACAACGGGACUUCUAUUUACUAUUCCUUCCACUUCGAAUUAAUGACAAUAAGUCGGACGCAGACCCGCUUGAUUAUCCUUGAAAAACAAAAUCACACAACGCAGUAAUAUUUGCAUCAGUAAAGCUAUCAGAUUCAGAAAGAGAAAUUUAAGCAAAGGAUACAAUCCCUAUCCCUCGUUAACAUCCGCAAAGCGAUGGAUGUUGCAAGGAAGAUUUGAUAAAAGAAUAUACUCAUGAUGAAAAAACAAAAACCCUGAAAUCUAGAGAAACAAGUUUGGCAUCACGCGCGCAUGCCUGGGAAUACGAAUACCAACACUGUAUAAUUUGAACAUCAC